AUGCAGCGGACGAUAGCAUUCGCAUCACGCGUGGCCUACCAGUACGGCCGUCUUGCUCCGGCCUCGACGUUGAUAGCCUUGCCCACGGCGGCAUCCCGGAUAGGCUCCGUAAGAUCCAAACGUUACAGCGCCUUUGAAGCAGACCUCGACCAGGAUGCGCUCACCGCAGCGCGAAAAUGGCAUGCUUCCUUCAACGCGUCUCAGCUACCGAGCGGCAGCACAACAUAUGCUCGAUCUAGCGGCCCGGGCGGCCAGCAUGUCAACAAGACCGAGACGAAAGCCAUUUCUGUGUUCCCUGUCAAGGACAUCUUGGCCGUCAUCCCGCCCAUCCUUCACCCCAGUAUUCGCAUGUCACCGUAUUACACGGCUGGCAGCGACUCGCUCACAUUUCAAGCCCAGACGCAUAGAUCACGGACUGCGAACGCGGAUGAGAAUCGCCAAAAAUUAGCUGCCGUCAUUGCUGAGCUAUACGACGAAAAAGUGCCAGCGGAGACGGGCAGCGACAAACAUGCGAAAUACAAGGAGGUGACCAAACGAUUUCAUGAUUCCAGACUCAAGGACAAAAAGUUCAAGAGCUCUAAAAAGCAAUCUCGACGUGGGGGCGACAUGUAG